UCCACAACACGUGCACAGCCUCGAUGCUCGAAGAGAUCGACUCGAGGCUCAGAGAAGCAGGGUAUGCUCCGGAUCUAACGAACGUCUUGCUCGAUGUUGACGAGCAAGAGAAGGAGUUCUUGCUCGGUCGACACAGCGAGAAGCUCGCCAUCGCUCACGGCCUCGUCUCCUCCGCCCGUGGAACACCGGUCAGAGUCAUCAAGAAUCUCCGAAUGUGUUCCGACUGCCAUUCCUUCGCAAAAAUGGUCUCCAAAGUGUAUGAUAGAGAGAUAGUUGUUAGAGAUAACAAUAGAUUCCACUUUUUCCAGCAAGGCUUGUGUUCUUGCCGUGAUUACUGGUAA